CAUGGCCAGUCAUGAACAUCUCCGCGGUUCCUGCCAAUGCGGGAGAAACCAGUACCAGAUCCGACUCCCCGAAAAUAUAACCGAUCAUGCCCACGUUUACUUUGACACCAGCCGCGACAACCGAAGGUCUCACGCCGCUCCCCUGACAGCCUGGCUCCGCGUCCCCUUGACCUGGUAUCAAUCCCACACUCAGUCCUACUUCCCCGAUGAAACACACAACACCAUCCGUCGCAUCUUCUCGCCGCACCAUGCGCCACAUACUCAGCGUGUCUUCUGCGGCUACUGCGGCACCCCACUCACCUAUUGGAGCGAGCACCCCCGCGAUGAGGCGGAUUACAUGUCAGUAUCGAUAGGAAGCUUAUUCGGCAAUGAUCAGCGCAUGUUGGAGGAUUUGGAGCUGUUGCCCCCGGACUCGCCUGCACAUUCUUCCGAUGAGGAGAACGAAGAAGAUGAGGACAAUGCGGAGGCUUCGGAGCGACAAGAACAGGUGGUUGUCAGUCCCGCUGCUGUACAACAAGAAGCGCCCUUGUCGAAUGUGAUUAUUCCGUCUGGGCCAUCCAUCUCUCGGAGUUAUAGACAGGGCAUGCUGGGUGGGAUUCCGUGGUUUGAAGAGAUGGUGGAGGGGAGUCGACUGGGCAGGAUGAUGAAGACUAGACGUGGUGUGGGGGUUAGUGAUGAUCAGUCUACAACGUUUGAAUGGGAGGUUAGUGAGUGGACGAGCGACGGGUCGGGUGCGCAGAGACAGAUUGGAUCUGCUGCGCAGGCAGCGGGCAAAAGAAAGCGUGGCCAACACACUAAUGUGGAGGAUAUUGAAUCUACCUAGAAGUAUGGCGUCGGAG